UCGCUGAGUAGCUGUGGGAAUGAUUUGCGGCCAGGGAGAGCAGAUGUAGCAAGCGUCUAGUGGCACAUUCACGAGUAUACAUCAGGCUGCGUAUGGUGCCCGCACACCCGGGUAUACAGAUUAUGCGUAUGCUUCCUGUGCACCUGCCCUGUGCGUGCCUCUGGGUGAAGGUGCUCCUUGGGCAUUUAUUUGCUCAGGCCUACCAUCCCCUGCUUGUGAGGGCAUGUAAGAAGUUUAACCAAGCUGGAGCUGAGAAGAUUAAGUGCCUGGAGCGUCUGGGCUAGAAUAGAAAGGACAGGGGAUUUCGGGGCCAGAGUGCUGGGAGCCACAGAUCCCCACUCCACUAGUUCAAGUCAGAAGGGCAUUUUUGGAAGGCUGGGAUGACAAAGAAGAGUGACCCUGAAAUAACUACAAAGCUUGGGGCGAUGCUCACUGAGUGAGUGACUGAGGGGUGAGAACAGAUGGUUUGUUGAUGACAGGAAUGCUAGCAUUUAGGAAAGCGAGGAAGAAACUCAGAAUGGGGACCAUAUGCUCCCCCAACUCAGGAGGGACAAAGACCGUGGAAGUCUGCAAUGCCGACUGGAUGGGCUCGCUCCCCCCUCGUCUCAGCACAUUCCCCCUUUCCAAUCUGGCUAUCCCAGGGUCCCAUGAUUCUUUCAGCUACUGGGUAGAUGAAAAGUCUCCCGUGGGACCAGACCAAACCCCAGCUAUCAAGCGGCUUGCCAGGAUUUCCUUUGUUAAAAAGCUGAUGAAGAAAUGGUCUGUGACGCAGAACCUGACAUUCAGGGAGCAGCUAGAGGCUGGGAUUCGCUACUUUGACCUACGUGUGUCAUCCAAGCCUGGUGAUGCUGACCGGGAGAUCUACUUCAUCCAUGGUCUUUUUGGCAUCAAAGUCUGGGAGGGGCUGAUGGAAAUCGACUCUUUCCUCACACAACACCCCAAAGAAGUUGUCUUCCUAGACUUCAACCACUUCUAUGCCAUGGAUGAUGCCCACCACGAACACCUGAUUCAGCGGAUCCAGGAGGCAUUUGGAACCAAGCUCUUCCCAUCUGAGAAAGUGGAGAAUGUGACCCUGCAUACUCUGUGGGAGAAAAAAUGCCAG